AUGACAUAUUUAGCAGAUCUUCCUAGAGUUCUAAGGAAGGAGGUUGCCUGGGGAAAAGAGCAGUCCAACCAGGACGCGGAUAUCAUUCAGCCUUCGAUGUCACCAGGCAGGGUGGCAUAUAUACCUGAGGAAGCACUGAAACCGUCAGAGGAAACCAAAUCGUACUGGCCGAUUUUUACUGCGGGUGCAGGGCUCUUUUCUGAUGGUUAUGUGAACAACUCCGUCGGUACAGCCACCACAUGCUUGAAAAAAAUAUAUGGUGUUGAGGCGUUCACUAGAUCGGACGCCAUGAACAAUGUUUCCUCCAUUGCAUUUGUGGGAACAGUUGUGGGUCAAUUGUCUUUUGGGGUUUUUUCUGAUUACGUCAGUAGAAAAGCCGGUAUGCUUAUUUCUUCUGCAGGACUUAUUUUGUUUGCGAUCCUGUCCGCCGGAUCGUGGGGUGUUGGAACGGAAGCCAAGUAUGGCGGACACCCAGGAGGUCUCUUCGCGGCCCUGACUUGUUAUAGAUUUUUCCUUGGUAUCUUCAUUGGUGCGGAGUAUCCAACAGGAUCCGCAGCUUGUGCUGAGGCUUCGGCGCUCUUGCCAGCGGGACAUAGAAACAGAUGGUUUGCCUGGUUCACGAACUUCAUGAUUGACCUUGGCUUUGUUAUUUCUGCUUUUGUGCCAAUGGUUUGUCUGUGGAUCUUUAGCCCGGACAACCUGCAGCCUGUUUGGAGAAUCACGCUUGGCCUCGGUGCUCUUCCUCCUUUGUCUCUGUUUUUCCUUAGAUUGAAAUUCAAGGAAAACAAGCAAUUCCAAAAAACCAACUUCAAACAUGUUCGAGUUCCUUGGCUCCUCGUUCUCAAGUAUUACUGGUUCAGACUUUUGAUUGUCAUGGUGAUCUGGUGGAUAUACGAUUUCUCGGCCUAUGCUUUCGGAAUUUAUUCGUCAACGAUUUUGGAUAUCAUUAUUCCAGACGGUGAUCUUUACAAGACCUUCGGCUGGAACGUGGUGUUCAACUUGUUCUACAUGCCAGGCGCCUUCCUGGGUGCCAUUGUGGCAGAUUACCUCGGCCCAAGAAUUACACUGGUCAUUGGUGUUUUCUGCCAAGCUGUCUUUGGUUUCGCCAUGGCGGGCUCCCUGAGUACCCUAAAACAUCACAUUGCUGGCUUCGUGGUGGUGUACGGUAUAUUCAUGACGUUCGGAGAGUUUGGUCCAGGUGAUCAGAUCGGUCUGCUUGCCUCCAAAACGUGCGCUACUCCUGUGCGUGGGGUUUAUUAUUCUAUCGCUGCUGCAUUUGGAAAGAUUGGUGCUUUUUGCGGAACCUGGGCAUUCCCAAGUUUUCAGGCUCACUACAAGGGAGACAUGGGACUAAAGGCUCCUUUCUAUCUGGCAUCUGCGCUGGCUAUACUCGCUGGACUGUUAGCUCUUUUCCUGCUUCCCCCUGUUGACCAAGAAGCCAUGCAAAGAGAAGAUGUCAACUUCCUGAGAUACCUCCAGGAGAACGGCUUUGAUAUCUCUCAGCUUGGUGGAGGCAAGCUUGGUGAGGUCAUGAAGAACUUUGAGACCGUGCAUGAGGAGAUGGACAGUCCGAAAGCGUCAGAAUAA